UCUACUAUGGCAUUCCUAUAAAUAGGAUACCAAUUCUUGCUAAGAAAUCCGAACUAAGGAAUUUAUCUGAAUCCACUAAACUAAAGCUAGCCUUACCUCACUUACUGCUACUAGUUUACUAGUUUUCUAUAGCUUUCAACAUGAACAAUCGUGUAGUUUUUAUCAUUUUCUCUCUUUUAGCAUCCCUCACUCUUGCUAUUGAACUCGACUUUUGUGUUGGGGAUCUUAGUCUUCCUAGAGGACCAGGAGGUUAUGCUUGCAAAGAUUCUUCUAAAGUCACGAUUGAGGACUUUGUUUACACUGGAUUUCGUGGUGAAAAAGCAAUCACUAAUGCUUUUGGAUACAAUGUUACCCUAGCAUUUUCAAAUGCUUACCCCGCCUUAAAUGGUUUAGGCAUAUCUAUGGCAAGGUUAGACUUGAAGGUUGGUGGAGCCGUUCCAGUACACUCCCAUCGAACAUCAGAAGUUAUUAUUGUAAUAAAAGGUACAAUAAUUGCAGGAUUUAUUGACACAAACAACAAAGCUUAUUACAAAACACUCGAGGUUGGUGAUGUCAUGAUCUUUCCAGAAGCGAUGCUUCACUUCCAAGUUAACGUGGGUAAAAUACCAGCUCUCGCAUUUGUUAGCUUGAAUGGCGCAAACCCAGGAUUACAACUCACUACACCUUCCCUAUUUGCCGGCAAUUUGCCUGGUGAGAUAGCUCAAAAAAUUACACUCCUUAGUCAUGCAGAAGUUAAGCGAAUGAAGAAGAUAUUUGGCACAGCUUAAUAUACCAAAAAUAUGUUUAAUUUUAUACAUGUAGUAUGCUUUAAUUUAUUUUGCUUAUAUACAUGUUAUUUAUAGUUUAUAACAUCUAAUAAUAAAAGAGUGUCCAAAUAGAGAACAAGAGCGAGGUUCCCAUAUGGUACCGAUUUUACUUAAAGCUUCCAAAGUUUAUUUUGGUAUUUGUUUUUUAUAAAAAAAAAU